GGAGGCGCGAGCUCUGCGGGCAGAUACAUGGUGCUGAAUUUUUCAAGAUGUCGUCGCUGGAACAGAGGUUGUCGCGAAUCGAAGAGAAGCUAAAGCAAGAAAAUGAAGAAGCUCGGCGGAGAAUCGACCUCAACAUCGACAUGAGUCCGCAGCGGCCACGUCCGAGGCCUAUCAUCGUGAUCCAGCUCAGUCCUGCUCCAGCCCCCUCCCAGCGUGCAGCUCUCCAGCUGCCCCUGGUCAACGAUGGAGGCAGCCGCUCAUCAUCCUCAGAGAGCUCGCCUCAGCACCACCCUUACCAGAGCCGCCCGCGACACAUGCUCACCCUGCCCACGCCUCCCUAUAGCCUACAGAAGAGCCUGGAGAAUGUGGAGAUUGACCAGAAACUGCAGGAAAUCAUGAGGCAGACAGGUUACCUGAAGAUCGAUGGACAGCGGUAUCCAGCAGAAGUAACUGACCUCAUCAGUGAGGGAGAGAUCGGCAGCGGGACGUGUGGACAGGUCUUCAAAGUCCGGUUCAAGAAGACGGGCCAUGUCAUCGCAGUCAAGCAAAUGCGUCGUACGGGAAACAAGGAUGAAAACAAGCGGAUCCUCAUGGACCUGGAUGUGGUGCUGAAGAGUCACGACUGCCCUUACAUCAUUCAGUGCUACGGUGCCAUAGUUACUAACACGGAUGUUUUCAUUGCGAUGGAGCUGAUGGGAACCUGUGCAGAAAAGCUGAAAAAGAGAAUCCAAGGCCCAAUCCCAGAGCGAAUCCUGGGAAAGAUGACCGUUGCAAUAGUGAAGGCGUUGUUGUAUCUGAAGGAGAAACACGGCGUCAUCCACCGCGACGUCAAACCGUCAAACAUCCUGAUUGACGCCAAGGGUCAGAUCAAACUGUGCGACUUUGGCAUCAGCGGUCGCCUCGUGGAUUCAAAGGCGAAGACUCGCAGUGCCGGCUGUGCUGCCUACAUGGCGCCUGAAAGAAUAGACCCUCCAGACCCCACCAAACCUGAUUAUGAUAUUCGAGCAGAUGUGUGGAGUCUUGGCAUUUCUCUGGUGGAGCUAGCCACAGGACAGUUUCCCUACAAGAACUGCAAGACAGACUUUGAGGUUCUGACCAAAGUGCUGCAGGAAGAUCCUCCUGUGUUGCCUCUAAGCAUGGGUUUCUCUCUCGACUUCCAGUCCUUUGUCAAAGACUGCCUCACAAAGGAUCACAGAAAAAGGCCAAAAUACCAUCAGCUGCUGGAGCACAGUUUCAUCCGGCGCUACGAGGUUCUGGAGGUGGACGUGGCCGGCUGGUUUCAGGUGGUGAUGGAGCGCACCGAGUCGCCUCGCAGCAGCCAGUGCUACAGCCAUCAACACAUGCUCCACUCGCUGCUCAGCAGGUAGCCUAACUCGGCAUCCGCCUGGCCUCCACUCGGCCCGAAAGCCAGACCGGACCGGCCGAGCUUUAGCUUCAGCCCAGGCUCGGUCCGAUCUAGUCUAGCUGUUCGCAUCGACGAACCCAUCCUGCCUGUCCACCAACCAGAGGACUCAUGAUGAACAGAUGGAGUGAUGGACAGAGGUGUGCUAAUGGAUGGAUGGAUAGCUUACUUUAAUAUUUAAUCAUGUGUAAAAUUUGGACUGGAAGAGGGACCAGAAAAAGAUGCACACUUUAGCUAGCUUCGUUCAUUCAGACAAGACGAUCUCCUUGUCUUAUCACACAAACUAUCUCCUGUACUUCCUCCAGGUUUUUGUCCUUCUAUUUGUCGGUUUCCAGCAUCGAUCAAUCAGCAGCGUAGUCACUACACACUGGAGUAAAACGUUAAAAAAACUAACGCUGCGUUGGCAAGGACAGGAAAACUGUGCAAUUCUGAACCUUCAGGUGUUUUUACUAUCGUACGUUCUCAGGCGUAGAGUAGAUUCUCCAUAUGAAUGAACAAAUAUUUCAUAACCACCUUCACACUACAGUGCUAACACCCACAAAAAGGGACUUUUUUUCUUCAUAUUUUUAUGUUUGUAGCAACUUUAGGCGACAUUAAUUUAUCUACAAAGUAUAACAGAAGACAAGUUAUUUUAAUUAGAAGAUGCAUCUUUGGAAAAACAAAAAAGUUCCUAAAAAAAUUAGUGUUGCACCGUAGGUUUUUAGACAUGUUUGUCUCUUGUUUUUGUGUUUAUCGAAAUGUUUUAUGAAGAGCCUAAAAAGAAGAGAGAUUAGUUGGAAAGCAAAUUGGUGGAGAGCAGCUAGAAGAUUUAUUUAAGAGAAGUUGGAUUGAAAAUGGAAAGUUAGGCAAGGAGUUGGCAGAUGUUUUGUAGGUGGAGCAUCCUAUUCCAAACAUCAGUCUGUUUGACUACCUCUUCCUCUUUGUCCGCUGUUCAGUCUGCCUCAGCCCUUGAGCAAGGCAGCAUCGUUUCCAGACCAAAGUCUGCAUGCGGUUUGAUGUUCAGGAUGGAGCAGAAAGCUUCAGAUGUGACGAUUAUGGCGUUUAUUGAGCCUCUGGGAGAGACUGUCAACAUAAAACCUUUGUUUUCACACGCAAGCCUUUACUAAUUAACUCCAUAAAUGAGUUGAGUAAUGAAUUUUUU